AUGGCCACACAUACUUUGUCCACUCUGUUGCAUGCACUUGUCUUCACUGUCGCUGCAGCUGAUGUUGAAGUGAACACAGAAUCUCCAUCCUGUCCAGAGCAGCAGCAGGUCUUUGAGGGCUCCUGCUUUGAGUUUGUGGCUCUGCAGCGCAGCUUCCUCAGUGCACAAGGCUGGUGUGAGCGUGGUGGUGGACACCUGGCCUUCAUCCAGAAUGAUGAGACUCAGCAGUUUCUCCAGAAACAUCUGCAGCCAGAGCUGGACUGGUGGCUGGGGCUGGCGCCCGCCUCCUUCAACCUCAGCCUAGACUCUGCAGCCACUGAGGGUUCCCUGUCUUGGCUUGAUAGCUCUGAUGUGAGCUACUCUAACUGGCUUGGUGAGCCCAUCCCGGGUGCAGGCUGUGGUUACAUCAUGAAAGACUCUGGAUUUCAAUGGGGAACAAGCGGUAACUGCAGUCAGGAGUUCUACUUUAUCUGUCAGUUUGAGUUAGGACACUCUCUAGCCUGCACAGACCAUAAUGCAACACUGCAGUGUGGAUCUGGCCAGGUGAUAGAGAUUGACGACAGUUUCUACGGCAGGAAGACGAGGCACUACUGCAGAACCAGCCAUUCUCCCACUCACGCAUCCUUACAGGAGGAGUGCACCUGGAUGGACGUGGUGGACGUGGUUUCUGAGCGCUGCCAUGGUCUGCAGGUUUGCCAGGCCACUGCAGACGUAGCAUCCUUUGGUGAUCCUUGCCCAGGCCUGGGGAGUUACCUGUCAGUGGAGUAUCACUGCAAAGACGCUCUUCACCUGCUGAUGGACAAACUGGCUGCCGUUUUUGACAACGUCACUUUAAGAGUAAAGUGGCUGCUGCAUCCUUUUCAAGGCAACCUCACGUGCACUUUGACCACUGGUGAUGGGCACACUCUCGACCCCUACAGGCCUGAAGGGUUACAGGGUACCAUGGUGCACAGGUACAAACAUGCUGGAGUCUACACUGUUACAGUGGAGUGCAGCACCAGUGAGUGGCAUGUGACCGCCCAGAAAACCAUCGCCGUCCAGGAGCCACUGGGAGAAUUUGGGAUAAUAAGAUGCCACAGCUCAAAUCAAUCAACAAACGGUGACAACUGCACAGGUCUCUACCCACAUGCACUGAGAAUCCAAGUGGAGCUAAAUGCAGGAACUAAUGUCACCUACAAGAUCCAGCUUAAAGGGAUGGAAAUUGCCCACUUGCUUGCAGUCAGAGGGAGGAUUCCCCACAACAUCACCUUACCUCCAGAAACCUUACAGCAGCUGGGCCCAGGAUGCCAUCAGCUGACUCUCUUGGCCUCCAAUGAGGUGACAACUACAAAUAUCUCUGCUGCUCUGCAGCUGUGCUUGGUGGAGCCAGUAGAGGGAUUGCUGGCCUCUAUUGCACCAAAGCAGGAUAUUUGCUCAGGAUCAGCCCUGAAUGUUCAUGUCUCUCUGGGAAGUGGUGCUCCAGUGGAACUGCUCUUUAUGAUUUCUGGGGUCAAUGACAGCAUCUCUGAGACCCAUCAGAUGGUAAAUGGCAGCCUACACGACUUCAACAUCUCCAGCAGGAUAAAAGGUGAAGUGAAUGUUCUGGUCAGGGCAAGGAAUUUGUUUUCAGUGAUAGAAGUGGAUGCUGGAAAUAUAACAGUGAACUGCCAGGAUGACACAGUGACCCAGGAUGGAAACACGACUGAAGCACUCGUUAGAAUCCCAGGAGACAGUAACCUGACCAUCACAGCAUAUCCAGAAAGCCCAGUCAUCGGUACAGCCAGUGUCCUGCUGGGAAUUAAUGGCCUAAAUGAAAAUGCUAGACUUAAUACAUUUUACUGGAGCUGCAGUGGAACUUGUCCCUGUAAUGUCAGUACUAAGACUGAAACGCAUGAGAUAAGUGCAGCUUGUCUCCCUCCACCUUACAGUUUUUCACUCUACUUUCUGACUGCCACAAAAACGACAGGGCAGACGCAGCCACAGACAGCAACCAGAUGCAUCUCUGUCAGACCAGGGACUGAUUUAAACCCAGUCAUCACAUGUUCCAAUUGCAAUCCAGUGAAUACCAGCAUCGAUGUUACUUUGCAGUUGCACUGUGAAGGCUGUCAGGAAAUGGCUUGGUACUUUGAGGACACGAACCCUGUAUCUGAUGUUUUAAGUUCCUGCUAUUCUAAUAGUGGGCAGAAACCAUUGAUAAUGAAGAAGAAAGGAGUCAGCUCUCUCACAAUUGAGAGUUCAACUCUGGUCAAAGCACAGCAGAGCAUCACUGUCGUGGCUUAUGGUGUGAAAGAUGGCUUAUCUGGAUCUGCUGAGUUCACCAUUCCAAUCUUCAGUGCUUCCGGCACUGCAUCGUCAACAUUACAACCUGUGCCAACAGCACAGACCAGUGUGCCCCCUACAUCGCAGCCUCAUACUUCAUCAGCGUCCACCGUGGCCUCAUCCAAUGCUCCUUUUAGUUCUUCAGCCUCAGUUACUGUAUUGUCAUCUGUUUCCCCAGCUAGCCCACCCUCCUGUAUCAUUACCCCCACUGUGGGAGACAUUCUCUCGCCCUUUAAAAUCACGUGCACGGUAGAUCCUUUAUUCUGUGAGAGCACAGCCUGCACUUAUUGUUUCUGGCAUUCUGCUGGAGACUACCUUCACUGUGGCCACGAGGAGACGGUGGAGUCACUCUUCUUUCCUCUAGGAGCUGAAAGUAACCAUAGUGUGGUUGUGGACAUCACUGUUGAGAACAGAGCAGGACAGAAGAUUAAUACUACAUUAUCUGCCCAGGUAUAUGAUGUCAGCACUGGGGCCACAGUACAGGAUCUGGAGGCCCUUGUGUCUGAGCAGGUGAAUCAGCUGCAGCAGAAUGGCAAGCUCAAAGGUCCAGCACUGGCCCAGAUGUACCAAUCUGUGUGUGACAAGCUAAAUGGGGGCUCAGUUGACAGCGAAGAUCAGGUUGCCAGAGAAAGGUUACGGGAACAGAUGCUGUUAGACCUGAGCACAGCUGUUUAUGCUGCCCCCUUUGGGAACCCGUCAGAAGUGCAGAUGACUGCUUUUGCUGUGGUGAGCCUCACCAAACAGGGCGAGGAGCUGACCUCUACAGCCCAGUUACAGGCCAGCUCUCUUGUGUCAAACCUCAGUGAAUGCCUGGUGGCUCUCACUCCUUCAGAGGGGGAUGUCAAAGAAGUAAUGAAGCAGGCGGCCAUACCCAUCAUUCAGGCUGCCAGUAACAUCCUUAAAGUGUCUGCCAACACAGAAAACCAGGAAAAGAUCUCAAAACUUUUAUUGAACGCAGCAGACAGCAUUCAAAGUGCCCUGCUGGCUGGGAAAAGGACAAACCAAGAGCCAAUCAUCAUUAGCACUGCCCAGAUCAGCGUGUAUGUAAACAGAGUGUCUCCAGAUAAGCUUCAGAGACACUCCUUCAGCAUUGAGAACAGCAGCUCAGCCAGCUUCAUGCUUCCAUCUUUGGGAUCUGAUGUGCUGCCUUUAGGGGAAGCAGUGGAUGUGCGGAUGCUGAGUUUUGAGAAGAACCCUUUCUCCUGGAGUGAAGGUGAGCCAAUAAGUGGAGCAGUCGGGAGUCUCUCUCUCACUAGAGAGAAUGGUUCUGUCAUUCCAGUCUCAAACCUCAAUGAGGAGAUUGAGAUUCUCUUACCAAGAGCAGUGGUGGAGGAGGUAAACAGCACAUUUCUGGACCUGGGAAACUACAGUACUCUGGUCAUCAAUGUUACCACACCGGACAUAUCUCUCGUCUUGAAACUGGACCCUUCAGAGGAGACACCUUUACAGUUACUCUUGGGUUUUCAACACUACCCAAAUGACACCAACCACAAGGCCAAAAUCCAGCUCCCUCAACCAGGAAGCCCAUCAGAAGAGAGGUACACAUGGGUGCUGGGCCCGCAGGAUAUGGCAAUGGAAGCAGGAGUUUACUAUCUUCUAGUGAGGCCCAUAGUAGAAGCAGGGGUGAACUCUUCAAAUGCUUCUGUGUUCAUCACGUCCAUUGCUACUCAAUGCAAGUACUGGGAUGAGACCAAGACCAACUGGAGCGACUAUGGCUGUCGGGUUGGCCCCCGCACCACACCCCUAGUCACUCAGUGCCUGUGCACUCAUCUGACAUUUUUUGGGAGCUCCUUUUUUGUCAUGCCCAACCUGGUUGACGUGUCCCGCACUGCUGAGCUUUUUGCCACGUUUGUCAACAAUCCCGUGGUGGUGUGUUUUGUCGGUGCUAUCUUCCUGGUCUACCUCAUGGUGGUGAUAUGGGCACGAAAAAAGGACAUCCAGGACGCCACUAAGGUGAAAGUCACUGUGUUGGAGGACAAUGAUCCCUUGGCUGAAUAUCGCUACUUAUUGACCAUCACCACCGGGCAUCGUCGGGGAGCUUCCACUUCCUCUCAGGUUACAGUGACUCUGUUAGGCUCUGAGGGGGAGAGUGAGCCCCAUCAUCUGACUGACCCGGACAAGCCAGUGUUUGAGAGGGGAGGAGUGGACAUGUUCCUCCUCACCACUCCGUUUUCUCUGGGAGAGCUUCAGAGCAUCAGAUUGUGGCAUGAUAACACCGGAAAAUAUCCUGCUUGGUAUGUUAACAAGGUGAUGGCACAAGACCUGGAGACUGGACAGAAAUGGCAUUUCUUGUGCAGCUCAUGGCUGGCCAUUGACAUGGGGGAGUGCACCCUGGACAAAGUGUUCCCUGUAGCAACAGAGGUGGACUUAAAAAGGUUUAGCAAUCUGUUCUUCAUGAAGACGGCAAAGGAUUUCCGGGAUGGCCACAUAUGGUUCUCUGUUAUCAGCCGCCCGCCCACUAGUAACUUCACUCGUGUGCAGCGUGUUUCUUGUUGUUUUUCCCUGCUGUUCUGUACAAUGCUGACCAGCAUCAUGUUCUGGGGGAUUCCCACUGACCCCUCUGAGCAGACCAUGGACUUAGGAAAGAUCGAGUUUACCUGGCAGCAAGUAAUGAUUGGCAUCCAGAGUUCCAUCAUCAUGUUCCCCAUCAACCUCCUUAUCGUGACCAUCUUCAGAAUAACCCGCCCAAGAGAACGAAAGCCAGAUGAAGCUUCCAAACAGCACUCCAGGAUGGAUUCUACUAAGCAAGGAAAAGCAGGACGUGUGUCACCGACUCAGCCUCCCUCUCCACAGAGUGAUCUUCGGGAGAUCACACCAGACGCUGUAAUUAAGGACAUUAAAAGGAUAGCCCAGUCACUCUCCAAGGUUCUGAGAAGCCCCAUGCCUAGGAUAGAAUCUGGUAAAAUGGAUAUCAAUGCUCUCCUGUCAUUGGUUGAAGAUAUUAUUCGGCAGCAAAACCAUGUAGGUGGCGAGUUUUACUCCGAUGACUGCAAGAAAGAGCUUUCUCUCUCCCUUGGAGCCGUAAACCUGCAAGAGAGAAGUCCUGAACGGAUGCCAAGUGAGAAACGUAACAUCUACAGGCAGUAUCUCUAUAAGCAACUCCAGAAUGUGGAGAAAGAGCUGAGGCUGCUGGGUCCUUCACGAUUCUCCAAACCAGAAGGCUAUAAUCAGGCUGUGCUGCAGGUUCAGAGCAUGAAGGAACUGCUAGUACCCCAGCUUUCCUCCAGUUCCAUCGGGGAGAGGUUUGCCUGCAGCUCCAGCCCUGUAGAAGGCAGCAGUGGAGGCAGUAAAAAGUGCUGUCAGAAAGGCCUGCCUUGGUGGUUUGUGUUUGUGGCCUGGUUUCUUGUGGCAGCCACAAGCGGAGUCUCGGCAUACUUCACUAUGAUGUACGGGUUGACCUAUGGGAAAGAGCGCUCCAUUAGCUGGCUCAUUUCAAUGGUUGUGUCUUUUUUUGAGAGUCUCUUCAUUACCCAGCCUGUGAAGGUCCUCGGAUUCGCUGUCUUCUUCGCUCUCGUGCUAAAGAGAGUGGAUCAGGAGGAAUAUGGCGAUGUUCCAAUUGAUGGGGAUCUCUCAAAUUCAAAUGAUCCUGAUAGCGUACGGAUUGCCAGAAGGGACAGUAAAUGCAGCUUUUAUCAGCCUCCUCCUCCGUCUGACAUUGAAAAGAUGAGGAGCAAUAUGAUCAAAGAACAGAAAGUCUUUGCACUGAUCAGAGAGAUUCUCAUCUAUGUGGGGUUCCUCUGGAUGCUACUGCUGGUGACUUAUGGUCAGCGUGAUCCAAACGCUUACUUGCUCACUCAGCACAUUCAGCAGAGCUUCAGCAAUGGCAUCUCAGACAGUAUGAACCACAAAGAUGUGUUUACCUGGGCAAACAACACGCUCCUACGAAACCUCUUUGGACGACAACCAGGUUUCAUCACAGAUGGAAACUCGAAGCUUGUAGGAAACGCUCGUCUCCGUCAAGUUCGUGUGCAGAAGGGCUCCUGCAGGACAGCCAGCUCCAUGCGCUGCUCUGUUCCAGACUGUCAUGCUCCGUACUCCUGGGAGGUGGAGGACAUGGGCUCCUACGGUCCAGGCUGGAAUCAUUCAAUACAUGCAAACAUGUCCAAGAUGCUGCUCACACCGUGGCAGUACCAAACCCAGUCUAGGCUCAGAGCGCAUCCUGUGUGGGGUGGUGUGGCUCUGUAUAGAGGUGGAGGCUUUGUAGUGGACCUGGGCCCCAACAGGGAAAAUGCAAGCAGUCUGCUUCAGUAUCUCUUUGACAACAUCUGGUUGGAUGUGUACACCCGGGCUAUCUUUGUGGAGUUCACGGUUUAUAACGCCAACGUCAACCUCUUCUGCAUUGUCACGUUGAUGUUUGAGACCACGGCAGUGGGAGCGUUCCAGUAUCGCAGUGAGCUGCAGAGCGUCCGUCUCUAUCAGUCCACCGGUGGCCUUCAUAUAUUUGUCAUGGCUUCUGAGGUCAUUUAUUUUCUCUUCAUCUUUUAUUACAUGUUCCAGCAGGGCAAGCUUAUGAAGCUGCAGAAAUGGGAAUACUUCAGGAGCAAGUGGAAUCUUUUAGAGCUUGCCAUCAUUAUUUUAAGUUGGAGUGCAUUAUCUGUAUUUGUCAAGAGGACACUUUUGGGCAACCAGAGCAUGAAGUACUAUCAAAACCACAAAGACCAGUUUGCUGGUUUCAAUGAAACUGCCACAGCAGAUGCAGUUCUCGGAUACAUCUUAGCUUUCUUGGUUCUGCUGGCCACCGUCAAACUGUGGCACCUGCUGCGUCUCAACCCGAAACUUCACAUGAUCACCUCCACGCUACAGCGGGCAUGGAACGACAUCUCUGGCUUCAUCGUGGUCAUGACGAUCAUGUUCUUGGCCUACUCCAUUGCUUGUAAUCUGAUGUAUGGUUGGAAGCUUUACUCAUACCGGACUCUUCUAGGUGCUGCCCAGACCAUGGUCAGCUUACAACUGGGAAUCUUCAACUAUGAGGAAGUUCUGGAUUAUAACCCCGUCCUCGGUGCAUUUGUCAUUGGGUCCUGCAUCAUCUUCAUGACGUUUGUGGUGCUCAACUUGUUCAUAUCUGUCAUCCUGGUGGCAUUCAGUGAAGAGCAGUUACACCACACGCCCUCUGAAGAGGAGGAAAUUGUGGACCUGAUGCUGAUGAAGAUAUGCAGCCUUUUCGGAGUCAAGGUGAAGAAGAACCAGCUGACUGACCAUGCUACAGUCUCCAGCACAGCUCCAUCGGUCAUAUCAUAGGCAUACCAGUUGUCAAGCUACCGCAGACUGUUACAUGUAUAAUGAAAGCUGUGAUGUCAUGGCUUGUUAGGGGUGGGCAAUAUGGCAAAAUAUCAUGAUAUUGUUAAGACAUUUUAUAUACAAUAUGGAUCACAGUAUUUAGUAUUUCUGGGGCCAUAUUACAGAAAAUUCUUAAGUCUGAAAUCAUGUCUGCUUUGUUGCCAACUUCAGUUAAGACUGAAGUUAGGAGAGAAGCAAUUGCAGAACAACGGUUCUUAAGUCUACAAUCUUAUCUUGUUUACAGAUAGGAAAACAGCAUUACAGAAACGUCCUAAGUUGCCAAAAUUAUGUUUUUUUUACCGUGUUUCUAUUGUUUUAUGCUGACUUGAGGUUUUGUUUUAACAGUGUUUAAAAUCCCCUGAAACUGCAGACAUGGUCUUCAUUGUCCCGUCUUAUUAGCUUCGUGUGUUAAUGUUGAUGAAAACUCAUCAGAUACAAUGAUGGUGGUGAAUAAUGAGGAGACAGAGCUGAACCAGAGAACUUGCAAAGAGAAUUCCCACUCCGCAGUGGCUUCCGGUUUUCUCAAACGCUAGAGGGCGCUCCCGAGUGAGUCCAAAAUCAAUUUGAGUUGAUAUGGAGCAUUUGAGCAAAACCAUAGUUUAUAAAGGUUUAAACAUUUGUAACUUAACAGAAUGCAAUACCUUCCUGAACAAUUAAUGUCAUAAAACAUUUUAACACCUGUUAUAUUUUUAAGAACUUUUAAACUCGAGCUAUAGGAGUUUAAAACGGCGCUUCAUGUACAUUCAUGACGUCAGAGCGUGAACAGCCAAUGAGUUGUUACGCUCGCCAAUCAAUCGUCACGCUCUAGCAGUAAAGCCCACCCCCUGCAGCCCAAAGCCGGUUUGCUGUAGAAAAAAGGAAACAUACAGGUAAGAUUUCUUUGUGUUUUAGUGAAAUACAUCCUUCUACUUUCUAAAAUUACAGAAAC